UCGAAUAUUGCAAAUCUGGAUGAAAAAAGCGAAGUAAUGAUAACCGCCUCAGAGCCACUGGAAUUCAUUCCACGAGGCCGUCAGGCGGUGGAGCAACACACUGGACCCAUCACCGCCAGGCAGGUCCCGCCGGCUGAAUUCUUGCUGUUGCAGCGUAUGCAAGAUGUUAACCUUUCACUUGACGAGGAAAAAUCGGUGGACGAGUUCUACACGCUGCGUGCCGUACCGAUUGGGUCGUCGCCACAGCGAAAAGAGACCGCGAGCGGGAAACGUUAUGAAUUGCAAGCCAUUGCGCCGUUCCAUUGCACCGAAGAGGAGUUGUACGUACGUGGUAGUACGGCCGUCUGGACGCGUAACGCUGGCGGUAGUUGUAUCGCUUCAACCGGUCUUCUUCAGACUGCUCUAACUUGUGACAAUGCCAUCAAAUUUGCAUUUUUUGCUCCGGCGCGCUUUCUCGUUCCGGAUACGGAGCCUGCUGAAAAAGGGGAUACCGGCACACCUAGGACCGGAAUCUGUCUCGUGGAUCGUGAUGUGUUGCAGGUGUACUGUGACACCGGUGAAACCUAUGCUGCCAAGGUGGAAUGCCCAAUUGCAGCCAUUUGGCUUAUACCCUGCGGCAUUCUCUUGGAGAAGGACCCUUCCCGGUCGGUGCUGGAGACGGAAGCAAUCCCAAUGCCGCGCCUCUUUACUCUUACCUAUCCGACCGACGACAUGCGACCGGUUCUGCUACAACAUGCUUCCAGCACUUCGGUAGCCACGUACCUUACUGAACCGCAGUACCGUGUUGUGUUCACGUGCGAACAAUUGGAGUUGGUUCUGUUAUACGACAAGCAACGGGACACGCACUUUGUAUGUCGCUUGCGGCCAGCGUCAGAGUGUCCACCACCUUCGGAAUGCCCUCUCCAAGGAUUUGGUAAUUACAGUGCGGGUCAAAAGUCUAGCGUCGGGGGUCGAACUUCCACUGGCGGUCAGUACAUCACACCGUCUACAAGCAUGUACAAAAGUUCACUACUCGCACGCCAUCAUAACGCAUCGACCACUCAGCGAAGCUUGGCUUCCAGCCGUGUGCAGGGAACGGAUUUGGGUGGCAGUGGUGGAAUUGCACGAGACAGCAACGCUAGUCUGGAUGCCACGACAAGUAGCAUGGUUGGCGGUGGUCGCGCCUCAUCCAGUCUCGCCAUGUCGCAGCUCUCUUUUCUCCAGUCGAUGCUGUGCGAAGAAGUGAACGAUUCGCACGAUCAUCGGCGUUUCGGUGUGGCCGAACCUUCGAAGCCAAUCACCGCCGAGUACGCACUAAAGCACAUCUGGACUGAAGAGCACACCACCUCCAAGGGCUCACCUUAUGGCUGUGUCGGAGAGGCGGCGACGUUAGGUUUUCUACACACUGAUCUUGUUGAUAAUCGAUAUUUAUGCUACUUGCGGCCUAAAAAAAUGUGCUUGACGCUACUCCAGUACGAGCCAGCCACUAACGUGAUCUGCAAGAGCCACAAGAUAUCCGCCCGAGCGGCAGUUUCUAUUGAGCGCCUCAACAUGAUCGUCGUAAUCGCACCGUCCGGCAAGCUGAUGCUAUACAGCGGACCAAGCAGUGUUGGCAAGAUUCACAUGACCGGUCCACUUACUGGGUGUUUUCUCACGUCUACGACAACAGGAAUAGUAACAACCACCACUACAGCGUCAGCAACUAACGCUCCAUUCUUACACCCACCUCUAGCGCCGGGUGCUCAACCAACAGUAUCCUCCUUCGGCGCGCUACCCCGUCGGAGCAGUUUACUACCGAAUGCAACCGCUCAUGUGGACAGCAAAUUCGAGGAAGAGCUACACCUAUUGUCUCCAGUACGCCCCCUUGGUGCAACAACCAGUUCGACAGUCGCUUCUUCGUUUGGCACCACCUUUCCGCAGUGCACGACGCUGCGGGAUGCCAUCGAUGAUCGGUUUACGCUGGUGUUUGAUAACGAGCGUUUGUAUCGGGUGACAUUACCACCGGUUACCGAGUCGCAGCUCAUACGUCGCGCCCUCGUCGUUCUGCGGCAUGUACUUCCCGAUAAUAUUGCCCUCGAGUUUUUCAUACGUUGGUACGGGGCACGUAACGCACCUGGAUCGCAGGAAUUUAGUACGCACCAGGAGUGGGAACAGUUCCGGGGGUUACUCUUCAUAAUGCUAGGCCGGCCACCUUCGCCUGGUUCUCUGUGUCCUUCUUCACCUGGCGAAGAACCGAAGAAGCGCCGUAAAGAUGAAAGCCAUCAUGGCACUGGCAGUGAUUGGGAGUUUCUAUUGCAUCACGCUACUUACCAAAAGAUUACGAAGCCAAUUAAAGCCUAUGAAGGAACAUCUCCGAGACCUUAUCAGCAGCACGACCAGCGUCCACUAUAUCCACAUUUGGCAGAGCUAUGGCAGGCGCUGCACUUACUUUACGAAGACUUUCGGCUCGAUAAAGGAUUCCGCGACGAGCAGCACCUACUCGGCGAGUUUCUGUACAGUUUGGCAUCUGAUGCUCAGAACAGUGCCUUUCAGGAACACUACAUCAAUGACAUUCCUAAUCUCGCCGUUUGCCAGCUGCAUAGUCGAUACCGCAUCACGGAUCCCGCGGUUCUUGCUCGGCUGGCCACUUCCCAACGCGGUGAGUUCGAGGGUGAAGUGAUUCCACACGUGCUCCGCUACAUGGAGGAUCUCGUGUAUCGUGGCACCAAUCCAGGCGAACAACUCGACAUCUUCCCCUGUCUACCUGGGAUCAAUGAUCUUACUCGGGACAUGCUGCUGCUGAUAGCUCUGAUUUAUCGGGUUCGCAGUCUCACUCCGUGGAUCAAACAGCAGCUCGAAUCCCUCGCUAUUCCCAUCGGCGAUUGGACCGCCACUGACCAUCCGCCGAAAGGCGAAAAGACAGUUAGUGAAGAUGACAGUUCUUCGGCGGGAAGAUCGCUUGGCGGUCUGACGAUUGUGCGUAUAAUGAUCGAACGGGGAUAUACGCGCGAUCGUAUCGAUCACCUACCUCCCGCAAUCCGUUACGUGCUGCUCCAGUGUCUUGAAUCUUACCGCCGUCAGCCCCAGCAUGGCCUUACCGGUAGUGUCUACGAACUGUUGAUGCGUCCAGAGCUGAAUGCCCAUGGUGUGCAUGAAUCGGCAAAUUCUUUAUCGUCGAAAACGGCCGCGACAAUCGAUGAUGCACUCAUUCAAUGGCUAACGGAUGCCAGCGAACCAGACGGUGGUGGAACUGGAGGAACGGGUGCCAGCAUCGGAGUUCUCGGUGGUAGCUCGUCCUCGGCGAGCGGCAGGGAUGAUGGUGGCGGUGGCGGUAGCUGUAACGGUGGUGGUUGUAAGCUAGAACCGGACGAUGGUAUGGAUGGAUUGGACGGGCAGUUACUGGCAUUACGUUUUCCAGACGACAAGCGCAUCGAAGACGUGCGCUCUUUCCUCGACAGUUCGCAGCGCGUCCUCAUCGAUAUUCCACAGGCCCCCAGUGUUUCUGAUCAUGACUUCCUUGAGGACCAAGAGAAGCGCCUGUACGCAAUUUCCUUGCGCACGAUGGCCCUUCCCGUAGGACGGGGCAUGUUUACGUUGGCCACUUACCGACCACAAGAAACACAAACAAUGCCCAUACCGAAACUGUGUCUGUCGGGAAAAGAAGCGUUACGAGGGGCAACCAUUGAGAUCCACCAGAUCGAAGUGCCGACCAACAUGGGUCUGUGGCCCUCCUUCCACAAUGGUGUGGCCGCCGGUCUACGUAUCACCCCCAGCGCACCGAACCUCACUUCGACGUGGAUAAAGCACAACGCUCCGGGAGCAACAGGAAAGUCAACGGGGACUGCCGCAGCUAUCCAUCCCGAAGCGGUUACUGAACACGGAGGGUUUUUGCUAGCCCUCGGGUUGAGUGGUCAUCUGCGCCACUUAUCGCCGAACAGCAUAUUCGAUUAUAUGGUGAAUGGGGAUGAGAUGGUGCGGUUGGGUUUGCUGCUUGGCCUUUCGGCAACUCAUCGCGGUACGAUGGAUCUCGUCACGACCAAGCUGUUGUCGGUGCACAUGGAAGCGUUACUUCCACCAACGGCCGUCGAACUGGACAUUUCACAGAAUUUGCAGAUUGCAACACUCAUGGGAGUUGGUUUACUGUACCAGGGUUCUGCACGGAGCCACAUCGCUGAGGUGUUGCUGCAGGAAAUCGGUCGUCCACCAGGCCCGGAGAUGGAGAAUUGUGUGGAGCGUGAAUCGUACUCGUUGACUGCGGGCUUAGCACUCGGACUGGUGACGCUCGGUGAAGGUGAUCGUUCCACGGUGUUGCGUGACCUGGAGUUGCCUGACACGCUGCACUAUUAUAUGCACGGUGGUGCCCGAAGACAAGUAGAAGGUGCCCAAAAGGAAAAAUACAAACUCCCCUCGUUCCAGAUACGCGAAGGUGGAACGGUAAACAUUGACGUAACGGCACCCGGCGCUACGCUUGCCCUAGGCCUAAUGUAUCAUCGAACAGGCAACGAAGCAAUCGCUGGGUGGUUACAGCCUCCUGCUACCAACUACGAGCUAAGCUACGUACGGCCGGAUUUGCUACUGCUGCGAGGCAUCGCUCGUCAUCUAAUCCUCUGGGAUGCCAUCGAACCAACGCCCGCCUGGGUCCAGCAACAUGUCCCACCGGUUCUCGAUCAAACCGUUGCCAACGUGGAGCGUUAUCACGAAGCCUAUCGAGCCGGGGAAGGCAGUGCACCACCCGACCUAGGGCCCGGUGUAACUGGGCACCCGGACUGGCUGAACCUGCCGCUGUCGAAAAGUGAAGGCGAAAUUUAUUGUCAAGCAUACUGCAACAUACUCAGCUCGGGAGCGAUAGCAAUCGGACUUCGGUACGCAGGAACUGCGGAUCCGACGGCAGCCGACACGCUUUAUGACUACCUCAGCUACUUCAUAACGGUGCGCCAACAGGCCCCGGUUGGUAAACUAGCCGGCAGCCAGGCGGUCGAGAACUGCACGAUGAUGGUGCUCCUGGCGUUAUCGCUCGUGCUCGCCGGCACAGGAAACUUGCGUGUCCUACGUGUCAUUCGUAUGCUGCGGGCGCGAGUUGGCCGUUGCUACGUCACGUACGGUUCCUUCAUGGCGGUUCACAUGGCACUCGGGUUUCUCUUUCUUGGUGGCGGCCGGUACACUCUCUCACGAUCUCCCGCGGCCAUUGCUGCUUUAGUAUGUGCCCUCUUUCCCAAGUUUCCCACCUACAGCAACGAUAACCGCUAUCAUUUGCAAGCAUUUCGUCACCUUUACGUGCUGGCGCUAGAGCCGCGCCUCCUAGUGCCACGCAGCAUCAGCGACGCAGGGCUCUGUCUAUGUCGUAUCGAGUAUGUUACUCGUGAUCAACCGAAUGAGUCUAUUCGGCUGAUGGCACCGUGCAUGCUACCAGAGCUUGCCACCCUUAUUAAGGUGUGCAUCAUCGACGAUAGCUAUUGGCACAUCUGCUUUCACAAACCCAAUUGGCAUCUAUUGGAGAAAAUACUGCGCUCGUGCGGUUAUGUGGAGGUACAGCAGCGCGUUGGCCGGCUAUCGCGCAUUGAAGAUCCCAGUCGCCAGAGGACACUUCGGUUACAAACACUCACGAGCGGGCGCCGAACACCGUGGAAGUUCGAUCCUCAGCAGCUACUCGAGUUUGAUUCACAACCCAUGGUUCUCAGUUUGGUCCGCAAGCUACUGCUCCUGGAUCACUAUAGUGCACUGAACGAACAAUUGGAACCUGACCGACUAACAGCGGCCACUGUCGAUGGAAGCACCUUACAACUCCUGGUGCCAUUAGUGUCCGAGUGUGUUAUGCAUGAUCGUAUUCACGCACUGUCGAUAUUUAUGGAUCUUAGCAAGAUUUUGAUCGAGUUCAAGCGGAAUGCAAAUACCGCAGACGCCUGGCAAGUGCGACUUUUCAUGGCCAUCAUUCACAAUCAGCUACCGUUGCAGGAUCCAACUGCUGAUAGGUUGCUAAACGAUGAUAUUCUGCGUUCUUUAAUCAAUCGCAUCUGGAUGGAGUGCGAGCGCGACUUGCCACGCUACAGUUACCAAAUGAAACAUUACUUGGGCUUCGGCGUAUCUGGGCAGCAAACUUGGAAAACAAUAGCAGAACAUUUGUGCGAGCUUGUCCCAAUCAGCGAAUCAUGCUCCUCGAAUGUAAUUGCCGCGAACGAACGCCGCGAGGCAGAACUUACCGCUUUAUUACGUCUCAUUGUACUUUAUGAUUUGCCCCAUGAUCUACUUCGGAAUUUCGUCUCCAACGUAUUUCCAGGAAGGUCACCGCUGGCGGAUGAGCUACGAUUUCAGUUGGACAUUCAAACAAAGCUUCCGACUCGCUCAAUUGACCUCAUCGUCUGCUUAUUUGAUACUGGUUUCGAAACAGCUUCUUAGAACCAGACAUUUACGUGAAAACUA